GCCUCCAAAGGGGUAAUGGAGUUACCAGGAUUGAAAAAGAAGAGUUUGCUAGGACUCAAAGAAAAUAAUAAAAAAUCCAACACUAGGGCUCCCUCACCAACCAAGCGCAAGGAUAGGUCUGAAGAGAAAUCAAAGGACCGGUCCAAGGAUAAAGCAGCCACUAAGGAAUCGGGUGAAAAGGAUCGUGGUCGAGACAAGACGCGCAAAAGACGCAGUGCUUCCAGUGGGAGCAGCAGUACCAGAUCCCGUUCCAGUUCAACUUCCAGUUCGGGGUCCAGUUCCAGCACUGGUUCUAGCAGUGGCUCUAGCUCCUCUUCUGCCUCAAGCCGCUCUGGGAGCUCCAGCACUUCGCGCAGUUCCAGUUCCAGCAGUUCCUCUGGAUCUCCAAGUCCAUCUCGACGGAGACAUGACAACAGGAGGCGCUCCCGCUCCAAGUCCAAGCCACCCAAGAGGGAUGAAAAGGAGCGGAAGAGACGAAGCCCGUCACCCAGACCUACAAAAGUGCAUGUUGGAAGGCUCACUAGAAACGUGACCAAGGAUCACAUCAUGGAAAUUUUUUCCACUUACGGAAAGAUUAAAAUGAUUGACAUGCCAGUCGACAGGCUAAACCCACACCUCUCUAAAGGUUAUGCUUAUGUGGAGUUUGAGAACCCAGAUGAUGCUGAGAAAGCCCUAAAGCACAUGGAUGGAGGCCAGAUUGAUGGUCAGGAGAUCACUGCUACAGCUGUGCUGGCACCACGACCUCGGCCGCCUCCCAGACGCUUUAGUCCACCCAGGAGGAUGCUGCCGCCACCACCCAUGUGGCGCAGGUCACCCCCUCGCAUGAGGAGAAGGUCCCGGUCUCCUCGGCGCAGAUCCCCCGUUCGCCGGCGAUCAAGAUCCAGAUCUCCUGGCCGAAGGCGCCAUCGCAGCCGCUCCAGCUCAAACUCCUCACGAUAAAGCAAAAAGACUGGACAGCUUUUUAUUUUUUAACUUAAAUCCCGUCAGACUAAAUAUUGUACUUUUUUUUUUUUUUUUUUUUUAAUGGGUCUGGAUGAGGAGGAGUGAGAGAGAAAUAAUCCUGGCAGUGAAGGCAACCUAAGAGGAGAGAGUGACAGUUCCUGGCCAGUAGACAGCCUUUCCUGUGGGGCUUCUAGUUUCCUGGCAUUGAAUUGAAAUUAUUUAAAAAUGGCUUUGAUUUUGAAGGCUGCAAAAACAUCUUUUCCAGGUAAAGGGAUGGGAAGAUGUUACAGCCUCUCUUUCUGCAGUUAGCAGGCUGCUGCUUGGUGAUUUCUAACCGCUUAGCACGCUGUACAGACCAGCACGUAAACCUCCAGCUGCUCAGAAACCCUGUGUUGUCAGGCAGGGAGGCAUUUAACUGAUCGCUGGGUGCCAGCACAGGAUUUUUCAGAGCAGCUGGAGCCUAGAUCUGCCCGAGAGUUGUUGCUUUAUUCCAAUUCCACACAGAUCGUUAGUUCCUGCAGAGAGUGCUCUUUCUGCAGAUUAAGCUCUUCUGUAAUGCAUACACCAGGCCAUUGCCACAGUCCAGCCCGCUGACCAUGAUACUUUAGAAAAGAAGCUGGAAAUCUUAAGAACUGGUUUGUAGCUGCCCCUGUAAGUGAUUUCUUUCACCUUUUCUUAAAGGGUUUUGGUAAAAACUUCCUACACAACCCCCCCAGGUGACAGUGCGAGUGCUUCUGCUUUAACCCGUGUCAGGGGGUGACUGCCCAUUGCCCCCCUGGGGGCUGCGAGGCAGAGCGGGGGCCGCAGUAACCGGGGUUUGCAAAGGCAAAGAAUUUUCCGCCCGUUGUACAGUCAAUACUAUACAGAUUUUUGUUUUGUAUCACUUUGUAACCUUUUGGGCCAUGUUGUGUUUGUACUUGUGUAGGAUGAGCGACUAUUGAAUAAAGCCGUAGGGUUGAGAGUAA